UUGCCAUAACUCAAACAGUUCAAACCCCAAUAAUCACGCUAAGAAAAAAUGCAUCAGCCAACGGCAUCGGCUCUCUCGUUGCUAAUGGUGACAAUAUUAUUGGCGACGAGCUAUGCAGCCAGAGCAAAUGCUCGCAAAUUUGGCGAGUCCGCCACCUCUUUCACGUUUCGCGGUUCUCCAUUCAGUUUCAAUGACACUGCGAGGAUCGAGCAUGCCGUCGAUGAUGAGGGCAGCUGCGGCGGCGAAAGCGGAUCGUGCGAAGAUAACCUUUGCUGUAGCAAGUACGGUUACUGUGGUGAUGAUGACAGAUAUUGUGGCCGUGGAUGUCAACCACAAUUCGGCAACUGUGGCGGCGGCAGCGGCGGUGACGACAGCCCACCACCUCCAACCAAGAAAAAGCACCCUGCGCCACCGCCAGACGACUCCUAAGUUUCUGCAUUACGUCGUCAAAGUCCAAGGCUUAUUAUUCCCAAUCCAUCCAUAUGGAAGUUCAAGGCUAAUGAAUAAAACUGUCUUACCAAGCUACUGAAUAAAAAAAAAUUUCGCUUUAUUCUACUUUCGCACUUUACUUUCAUUUUGCGAGAAAAAUGUCAACGUUUUCCAGUUAUCUAUGUCAUGCUAUAUCUAGCUAUAGAAGUUACUUUGUUGCUUCCACUCAUUGCAAUCAAGAAAAAUCCAGUUUUUUUUUUCAUUCUUUUUAAUUUCCGUCGUCCGAUCUUCGACAGCUAGUUUGAACUCUUCAAAUUGCAUACAAUCUUCGUUUUCAUAUUUUCCUAAUAAUUGGCUUUUGUUAUU